AUGACGGGCGGAAAGGCGAUAGAGGGCGGAAUGACGGGCGGAAAGGCGAUAGAGGGCGGAAUGACGGGCGGAAAGGCGAUAGAGGGCGGAAUGACGGGCGGAAAGGCGAUAGAGGGCGGAAUGACGGGCGGAAAGGCGAUAGAGGGCGGAAUGACGGGCGGAAAAGCGAUAGAGGGCGGAAUGACGGGCGGAAAGGCGAUAGAGGGCGGAAUGACGGGCGGAAAGGCGAUAGAGGGCGGAAUGACGGGCGGAAAGGCGAUAGAGGGCGGAAUGACGGGCGGAAAGGCGAUAGAGGGCGGAAUGGGAGGGGGAGAUGGUGGAAGAGGGCGGAAUGACGGGAACGGAGGUGAGGUGAGAAGGGGGGAGGGUUGUAAGGUCGGGGGGGAAAAGGAGGUGAGGUCAGAGGGGGGAGGGAUGUCAGGACGGGGGGGGGGAGGGAGGUUAUGCUAUAGGGGGAAGGGAGGUGAGUUCAGUGGGGGAAGGGAGGUGAGGUCAGAUGGGGAAGGGAGGUGA